AUUGCAGAUAAAAUGCUUAGAAAAAGAUUGCGAGAUCUAAGUAUUGUUCAAAAUACUCCCAAUUCGGAAGAAACAAAUAGUGAACAACAGACCGCAAUUGGAUUUUUGAAUGUUCCGAAUACACCUGACGAACCUGUAGAAAUUCAAACUGAAAGUGAUGGGACGCGUAGAGGUCGAGGACGUACACUACUUAAAUAUUUAUACUAGUUAAAUCCUUUCGAGCGUGUCAAAAUAUCUAGAAACAAUCUUGGUCAGCCUGUUGGAUCAGAAGCUCGACUUUUAGCAGGAUAUUUGGGCAUUAUAGCACGAAAUGCCAAUAUGUUUCCUAUCAACUACGAGUCAUGACAUCAAAUGCCUGAUAGUAACAAAAAUCAAGCUCUCGAAAAUAUUAAGGAUCGUGAACGAGUUGGAACAAGCAACAGGCAAAAACAGAAGUUCACUCACACAGUUGUGUCGAAAAGUUUUGCUUGUGUAGCUGAGGCCGAGGAACUAUUGUCUGGUCAAAAAGUUGGAUGGCUUCAGAUUUUUGACAUAACACACAGGAAGAAAGAUGAAUCUCGUAUGACUUCUGAAGCUGCAGAAAUUAUGGAGAAACUAAAGGAUAAAAAGGAAGAGUAUGAAGCGGUUACUUUGAGUGAUAGUUCUGUUCAUCUUGACGACAUUGAUAACCGGAUUAUUACUGAAGUUUUAGGUCCUAAAAGGUAUGGUCGGGUUCGAUUUCAAGGAUCUUUUGUUAACCCAACCCAAUAUUUUGGAUCCAGCUUACAACAAUACAUGCCUUCAGGGAGUCAGGCUCAAGCUGAAGUUCAGAGGUUAAGAGACCAGAUGGUACAGAUGCAAGCAAACACAGAUGAGCGAAUUGCUCAACUUAAAGUAGAAGCUGAAAGAAAAUAUGAAGAACUCCAGCUACAACUUAAAGCGGAGGCAACAACGAGAGAAGCAGAGCAGAGCAAAAAGUACGACGCACUCCAGCUACAACUUUAGAAUAUGAUGAAGAUGUUUCAGCAGUCGCAAAAUCCGCCAUCUUAGACUAUUGUAUGAAUAUUUUUAACAUUUUAACUUUUAACAUUAUUGUAAGAAUAAUUUGAAUUCUACUUCAUUUAUCAAUUUAUAUCAUAUAUCUUUCGUUGAA